UACGAGCGCUCACACACUGAGCGCGUGUGAUGGGAGACUCGGUGCCUGCGCCUGUCGCUCACUCAGCGAUAUUUUCAGUCAUUUUUUUCCUCUCCGUGUUUUUGUGCUAAGAAUAAAAUGAAUUCACUUUUUUUUUUUAAUGCAGAACUCUGAAAAGUGGAAGAGGAGACUCGCUGCGCAGCUCAAUGUCAGUAUUGAGUAUUGUCUAAUUUAUGUUUGGGAAAUUACGCAUCGAUCGCAGAGUAUCUGAACCAUGACAGAGGAGUGAGGUGACUUCGCCAAAAUGCCUGUUAAUUGGAAUAUAACUUUUUCACGGCGGUCCUAUGGAAUAUAGUCCGAUUCUACACAGUCUACAUGUUGUGCCAUCACCCCACGUGAAAAACAAACUCUUUGUCUUUUGCAUAAUGUUGUCCCUCUGGGUCUAUAUGAUUUACUGUUGUGUCGGCUACUGUUCGACGAUGCCAAACCCGACUUACGGCUCCGUGAACAGACACGAGAGCAACGCAGAGGUGAGUGACAGCCAGGCGGGCUCCUCUUUAGGUGCGUCCAGGGACUUACUGAAUAACGAGAACGAUUUGGACAGCAGAGGAGAGGAGUGGGACGACAUUAGAGGCGAGACCAAGGCGCUGGAUGAUAACGCCAUGUCAAGCUUCCUCAAUGAGUCGGAAAGUAAAAAGUUGCCGCAGGCGAUCAUCAUCGGGGUGAAGAAAGGAGGGACCCGGGCGCUGCUGGAGUUUCUGCGCCUGCAUCCAGACAUCAGAGCAGUGGGAGCCGAGCCGCACUUCUUUGACCGCAACUACGACAAAGGACUGGAGUGGUACAGGGAAUUGAUGCCCAAAUCAUCAGAGGGUCAGCUGACCAUGGAGAAGACCCCCAGCUACUAUGUCACCAAGGAGGUCCCUGCACGAAUAUACACAAUGUCUAAAGACACAAAACUGAUCGUAGUCGUCCGGGAUCCGGUCACACGGGCCAUCUCAGAUUAUACCCAGACCCGCUCCAAGAAGCCAGACAUCCCGUCGUUCGAGAGCCUGACCUUUAAGAACAUGUCAGCGGGUCUGAUUGACACAACGUGGAGCGCUGUUCAAAUCGGCAUGUACGCCAAGCACCUCGAGCGCUGGCUCCAGUUCUUUCCGAUGGAGCAGCUGCUGUUUGUGAGUGGAGAGCGUUUGAUUAGCGACCCCGCAGGUGAGAUGACUCGGGUUCAGGACUUUCUCAGGAUCAGGAGGGUGGUGACGGAGAAGCAUUUCCACUUUAACCCAGCGAAAGGCUUCCCCUGCCUUAAGAGACCCGAGGGGAACAGCAAGCCACACUGCCUGGGCAAAACCAAAGGCAGGACCCAUCCUAAUAUUAACCCCGAGGUGGUUCAGAAACUAAGGGAUUUUUAUAAACCCUUUAACAGCAAAUUUUACAAGAUGACCGGUCAUGACUUUGGCUGGAACUGAGAUGAACACUACAAUGACUUUUGCUGGUCCCUUGUAUGUGUGUGUGUUUGGAGAUAUUGUUAUACAGUGUAUAUAGAGUAUUUGGUGGAUAUGUAAAAAGUCAGAAGUCUAUUUUAUGAUAAUUUAUUAUGGAGAAUAUCAACUCACUGAGCUGCCUAAACAGGUUCAUUCAUAAUUCAUUCAUAACACUUUCCAUCCCGUUCCAAUUCUCAUUACAUAAAUAAACAUGUUUUAUAUAAAAAGCACAACGUUUUUUACGGGUAUUAAGAUCAGGGUCAGUUUCUUUACUCUAACAUUCCUAGAUGUCGCUUUAGUUUCACCUCGAACUGGAAGUGAUCCAACUUCACAAACAACCAAUAAUAUCCCUUUAACAUUUGCCUGACCCUCAGAGGUCCAUGGACCCACUUAGUCAGGUCGAUACGGGCCUCAGCUGAUCCAGUGCCACUGCAGGUGGAUCAAUACAGUAAUAGCUCCUAAUCAUGUCAGUUAAACCUGAGUGAUGGCACUGCCUUGAUCUCUCGAGCACCGCAAUAAAACCGGGAUCCAUUAAUGACAGCAAGUUUACGGCUGACCCUCGAGCCAACUUCGAGUUAAUAUAAUAAUACAUGGUGAAUUUCCACUGCAGUGUUUUGACUUAACCACUAUUUAUACCGCUUCUACAACGGAAUGUUGAUUGGGAUCCAAUAGAGACUCCUGUCACGAUGGGUUUCUUGGAUGGUUUUAUCCUUCUUCUUUUUUUCCCCCAAAAAACAGUCUCAAAAUUCCAAAGCGUUCCUUGCUCUUCCCCGAACAGCAUAGAAAUCGAAAGACUCGCGUCUCACUGAUCGGUACUGAAAAGGCACAUGUGGGUGUUUCUGUGCAGCCUCAGCUAUUACUAAAUCAGUAUACAUAUUUGUAUUGUAAUAUCAGUUACGGCUGAUGAGAAUUAAAAAAAACAAACCUACCUUCAGUCAAUAUUUAAUUUUCAUGUAGGGUUGAGUUUUAUUCAACCUUUGUUUUUGUUUGUUUUUCUCCCCUUUGUCAGCAUUUGAACACACAUCGGUUCACAGUGACCAGGUUGUUAUCGAGGCACUGCUUUGCUUUUACAAACAUGAGAAGCAGGUUUGCAGACCGAGAUGACUGACUGAGAAGAGGUGUUGUCACGUCAUGCAAAAAAAAUAAAUGCUGUACCAGAA